UAAAAAAUAAAAAAACAAAGUUUCUAAUUGAAGGGCACCGAGCAAAAUCUUGAGGUGCCAACUCCUAAGGGUGAAGGAGAAGGACCAAAAAUGGAGCAAAAACUGCUCAAAAUCUUACAGAACUGCAAAACUAUCAGACACCUAAAUCAGUCCCAUCUUCAGUUUCUCAUCCACGGGUUACAAAAUAACAGUUUCGUGUUACCCAAGCUUAUCACUGUCUUUUCUCAACUUGAUUCUCUCGAUUACACCCUCAAAGUAUUCAAAAACUCACAAAACCCAAAUCUUAUAUCUUACAAUACGAUGAUCAAAUGCUUCAUAGGCAAAUCCCAUAAAGCUACCCUGCAUCUUUACAAGCAAAUGAAAGCCUUGAAAAUCACCCCAAAUGGCUAUACUUUCAGCUUUCUUUUGAGAUGUUUUGAGUCAUUUGAAGCUUUAAGAGAUGGAAUGAUAAUUCAUGGUGAUAUUUUGAAGAUGGGCCUUGGUUCCAGUGUCUUUGUUCAAAAUAUCCUUUUGGAUUUUUACGCCAAAUGUGGGAAUUUGGGGUUUGCUUUGAGAGUGUUUGAAGAAAUGCCUGAUAGAGAUGUGGUCUCGUGGAAUUCGAUGAUUGGAGCUUACAUGGCGCGUAGGGAGAUUGAAUCUGCAAUUGGGUUGUUUGAGUUGAUGCCGGAGAGAAAUGCCGUCACGUGGAAUUCUCUUCUUUCAGGUCUCUCCAGGGCGGAGAAUAUGAGUUUGGCUAGUUCAGUUUUUGAGAGAAUGCCCGAAAGGAAUGAGAUUGCAUGGAAUUCCAUGAUUUCUGGAUAUUUAAAAAUGGGUAAUUUAGAUGCUGCAAGGUCAAUUUUUGAUCAAAUGCCUCAGAAAACUGUGGUCUCGUGGACAGCUUUGAUAUCAGGAUAUGUUACAAUUGGUGAUAUUGAAUCUGCCAGAAGUGUUUUUAAUCAGAUGCCUGUUAAGAAUGUGGUUUCUUGGAAUGCUAUGAUUGCAGGUUAUGUUCAUAGGCACAUGUUUGAUGAAGCUCUAAGUGUGUUUCAGGAAAUGUUAGUUGAUGGCAAGUACAAGCCUGAUCAAACUACUUUGAUCAGCGUGCUUUCGGCCUGUUCUCAUUUGGGGUCACUCGAACAUGGGAAGUGGAUCGAUUCCUAUAUUAAGAAAAAUAAACUUGACUUGUCUGUUCCUUUGGGCAAUGCCUUGAUGGACAUGUUUGCUAAAUGUGGAGAUGUGGAAAAUGCAAAUGCAAUUUUUAAUAAGAUGGCUAAUAAAUGUAUAAUUACUUGGACAUCAAUGGUUUCUGGAUUAGCUGUUAACGGCCAGUGUAGAGAAGCUUUAGAUCUUUUUGAUAGAAUGUGUUUAGAAAAAAUAAAACCUGAUGAUGUCAUUUUUGUCACUGUCCUCUCAGCUUGCACUCAUGGUGGGUUGGUAGAGGAGGGUAAAAGGGUAUUUGAUCAGAUGGCCCUGCAGUUUGAUAUCAAACCACGAAUUGAGCAUUAUGGAUGCAUGGUUGAUCUUCUUGGUCGAGCGGGGAGGCUAGAGGAAGCUGUGAGAUUUAUAGAAAGCAUGCAUUUGAAGCCAAAUGACAUCAUUUGGGCGAGCUUGCUAAGCUCUUGCCAGAUUCAUGGAAAGGGGGACAUGUUGGAAUCCAUUACCAGAAAAAUUCUGGAUCAGCAGCCUUCAAAUCCAGGAUAUUUAAUGCUUCUCUCAAACUUGAGUGCAUCAAUGAGACGGUGGGCGGAUUUUUCAAGCUUUCAGGUGGCAAUGAGACAGCAGGGGAUAGAAAAAGUUCCUGGUUGCAGUUCAAUUCAAGUGGGAAACAUAGUACAUGAGUUUCUAGCCAAAGACACGAGGCAUGAACAAAGAAAGGAGAUAUAUGGCAUUUUGUACAGUUUGAAUGGACACUUGAAAGCAGUAUUUGACUCUCCAAUGAGCUGUGAGAAUUUCAGAAAUUUGAUUACAGCAUUUUGACCCUAGAAGAUAGUUCACCGAUGAGUGCUAUUACAAUUGCAGCAUCCAAUGUCUUGGAUUCUACUAAUAAUUUGGGUUCUUUGGAUAUCUUUGUACAGCACUGAUUAAGGCUUGAUCAAGGGAGGAGAAUGGUAGGGCUCAGAGCUUGUUUCAAUAAAAUUCUUUCUGAGUUUCUCCAUGCUAACAAAAUCGUAUACUGUUGUUGCCCAGAGUUUAGCCGAAGGCAGAAGACUUGAUUUGUUGUUCUAAUGGAUACAUAUUUAUUCUGUAGAGCUGUCUUUGACACUUGAUUACUAAUGUGAAGGAUUUGUUGCAGUGGUUAUA